UGUAUCGCAGUCUGGUACAUCGUUGACCACCAUCACGACUUUCCCACAGCCAGUGCAAACUGAAUACACCACCACCUGGACUACCACCAAGUCAGACGGAUCAAUUGAGACCGACUCUGGUAUUGUAUCGCAGUCUGGUACAUCGUUGACAACCAUCACGACUUUCCCACAGCCAGUGCAAACUGAAUACACCACCACCUGGACUACCACCAAGUCAGACGGAUCUGUUGAAACCGACUCUGGUAUUGUAUCGCAGUCUGGUGGUUCAUUGACUACUGUUAGUACUUAUGUUCCGGUGUUAUCACCUCUGUCUUUCACGAGGUGGACUAAUUCUAGUUUGGCAACUUCCUGCAGUUCAGUGUCUAUCGGUGCCACUGGGAUAAUUCGUACAACCUCUGAUAUUUCAGAGUCGUUGAUUCUGUCAGAGACGCUAGUGCCAUCUGGUUCAUCUUAUCCGUCUUAUCCUGGUUCGGAAGCCCACCCUAUUGGUGUGUACAGUCAAAGCACUCACCCUAUUGAGGAGCUAACUGGUUCAGAAAGUACGGGUAGCGAAUUAACGAGUGUGACCGGCGUUUUAACUAUUGAAACAGAAUCAUCAGCUCCGCAGGUUUCUGUCGAGUCUUCGUUGGUAACUACUCCACUCACAACUUCAAAUGAAAUACAAUCGCAAGGAACAGAAGCUACCCCAAAUGCCGAUUCACUGUCUAAUGUUUUCGAGGUGGCAGAGUCAUCUGCAGCUGUUGAACCCACAAACACCCAAGAAGUUGCUUCGAGCCAACCUGGGUUGGAACAACAAAGUUCAAGUUAUACAGACAGUGUGACUACGUUGACAAAUCCUACGAGCGGCUCAGUUCCAUCGGCUGCCGUUAUUAAUACUUAUGAAGGUGCUGGUUCAAGAACCAAAUUUACCUCACUGAUGGGUGUUUUCGUUGCUUUUGUUUAUUUCUUAUUCUAA